AUGGUGUGGGCAGCCCCAGCCCCGGCUGCCAUCGCCCUCUGCCUCCGCUGCCUGUCCGAGCCCAUCACUGCCACCACCAUUGCCAUGAACCCCCUGUUAUUCCUGGAUUACAGCCCUGAGGAGUUCAAUCUGUGCCUGAGCAACGAUGUCUUAAUUGAAAACCUGGAGGCUCUGCUGGACAUACCAUUCACCGUGGAGUACUACAAGGUCAUGAAAGAAAAGGUGGACCAGACUUACCCGUCGGGGAUCCCGGAGGAGCAGCUGAGGCGCCUGGGACUGCUGGCCCGCCAGUACUCGGAGGAGGAGAUCAGUCAGUGGUCAGUGACAUCCAGUGACACACUGGCAGCCCUGCUUGACCCCUCAGGAGGGGAGUGGGAUGAUUCCCAGGUGCAGCAGCUGCUCAGCAGGUACCUGACCCUGGGGGGCACCUUGACCGGGCCCCUGCUCCAGGCCAUCGGGGGCAGCCGCCUGUGCAACCUGCGGGAGGUGCAGAUGGAGCAAAUCCCCGCCCAAGCAAUCGGGACUGCUGGGCAGUUAAACAUUUCUGCCUGCUCCCAAGCCAAGAAGGAGCUGCUCUACAGGAAGGCUCGGGAGGCCUUUGCUGGCCUGGCCGACACCCCCAGCGCGUAUUACUGCCGGCUCCGGCCAUACCUGGGUGGAGCUCCAGCAGAUGACCUGAAAGACUUGGCCAAUGCUGGCGUGGCCAUAGACAUGGAUAUGGACACCUUCCUCUCCCUAAAUCCCGAGGAACUGCAGAAACUCAGUGUCAUGGACGUGAAAAACUUGCUUGGGAAAAACCUCCCUGAGCUGAAGAAAGCUGAGAACGAGCCCUUGGUGAUGGGCUGGGUGGAAAGACAGUUCCAGAGGGAGCUGGACCGUGUCCUGGGAAUCGGCCUGCAGGGAGGGAUGGAGGACCCCACGGGGACAACCACCCCUGCUGCCCCCACCACAGCCAGCCCCACCCCUGUUGCCACUACCACCCCCCUGACCACCCAGUCAAGUACAGUCCCCCUCCAGACCCCCACUCCGAGUGCUCUCAGCCCAACCCCCCUAAACAACAGUCCCCCCUCCACUGAGAGUCCCCCUACCACCCCCACUGCCACCUCCACUGCCACCCCCACUGCCCAUCCCACUCUGACCACCACCUCCAUCGCCCCCCCCUGCUCCACCCACCAGUUUCCCACCACAAAUAAGGCCACUCCAUCCCCUGUCCCCCUCCUCCCCACCACCCUGGCCCCUGUCAACCCCAACACCACCUCUCCCAGUUCCGUCCCAGUCCCUGCUGUCACCUCCAGGGCCACCACCAGCACCAGUGUUGGCACUGACCCAGCUGGUACCACCCACAGCACCAGCUCCCCUCUGGUGCCUGUGAACACCCCAGCACCCGGGGGGACCACCCACCCUGCUCCUGCCACCCACAGCACUGUCAUCCCUGGCACCCACAGUGCUGCCAGCACCCCUGUCCCAAAUCCCACCUCUGCUCCCACUGCCACCCCUGUCCCUAAUCCCACCUCUGCUCCCACUGCCACCCACAGCACUGUCAUCCCCAGCACCCACAGCACUGCCACCCCUGUCCCUAAUCCCACCUCUGCAGCCACUGCCACCCACACCACCAUCACCCUGAGCACCCCCAGUGCUCCCAGCACUCCUGUCCCUAAUCCCACCUCUUUUCCCACUGCCAUCCACAGCACUGCCCCUCCUGUCCCUCACUCCCCCUCUGCACCCACUGCCACCCACAGCACUGCCCGCCCUGUCCCUCUCUCCACCUCUGCUCCCACUGCCCCAGGCACAAGUCCCCCUCCCCACAAGCCCACCCCAAUUCCCAGCUCCACCAUCUCCACCCAAAAGAGCAUCAUCUCCUCCACGCCCGAGACCACCACAGUGCCCUGCCCGACCAGUGCCCCCCCGGGAUUCCCCAGCCCUUCCUCCACCACCACCAGGAGUGAGGCCACCAAACCAACCCCUGGAGCUGUACCAGAGUCACCACGACCAACAUCCAAUGGACACAUCAACCUGCAGCCCAAGCCUGAUUCAGGACCCAGACUGUCCUCUUGCCUCAUCCAUGUGCUGGCUGUCACCAUGGGGACCUUGCUGCUGCAGGGACUGCUCUGAGCCCCCCCUCAGCACCACACCCACCCCAUCCCUCCUUCAUCUCCACCACCCUGCAACACAAUG